AUGCUGAAGGUCCAAGGUGAAGGUGGCUCUGCAAGCCCAGGUGCAGCUGUCCAACUGCUGGAGUGGUUUAAACUGGACCAGGAGCUAAUCCUGGUGCUGGAGAGACCAGUGCCCUCCACUGAUCUCCUGCGCUACAUGAAGGGGGGUUACCUUGAGGAGCAGGAAGCUAAGAUGAUUAUGCAGCAAGUCAUCAAAGCAAUCACUGACAUCCACUCCAAAGGCGUCCUACACCGAGACAUCAAGCCUGAGAACAUCUUGAUAGAAACCGGUUCCGACGUGCCCCGUGUCAGGAUCAUUGACUUUGGAUGCGGCUGCCUUCUCCAGAACGGCGAGCAUCAUCAGUUCUCAGGCACUUUCCGCUACUGUCCUCCAGAGUGGUUUAACCAUCAGUCUUACAGGGCAGAACCUCUGAACGUGUGGCAGGUGGGGGUGCUUGCGUACUACUGCCAGGAAUUUGUGUGGAGUUGCCUGGCCAAGCAACCUCAGGAACGUCUGCCCCUGGAUAGCCUGCUGGCCCACCCCUGGUUGCAGCUUGAUGAACCUGAGGACAUCGCUGUGGACUGA